GCACCCUUAACAUGGCGGCAUUAGCGUGAAGACGCGUUUUUAUAGGGCUGUCCGCCAACUCAUGCCUCUUGCGAAGGAGCGCUAGAAUAGUUUGCAAACAGAAGUGUUUUAAUGAACAAGCGUAAGGAACGAGGAUCCAGUAGCUCUAGCGCUUCAACGGUAUCGCCCCAGCCAAAAAAGUUUAUGGAAGUAUUUGAGAAGGAAACAAUGGCGGAGAACGGGGAAGUUAAAAAGUCUACUGAAAAGCAGCCAGUGACGCUUGAGUCAAUCUGGUUAGUCCUUUUAGAAGUUCAAGCAAACACCCAAGGUUUAAAAGAAGAAGUUGGGGAUUUGAAGAGAGCAUUUAGUGUGCAGGAAGAGCAAAUAAGGGAUUUGGAGAAGAAGAGUGUGGCGCUAGACACGAGGGUUUCCACUGUCGGGAAACGUUUUGUCCGAGUUGAGGAAAACGCGGCGAAAGAAGAAUACAUAGAAAAGUUGGAGGUUAUGCUAGAUUCAUUGGAACAAUAUACCAGGAAGAACUCGAUUGAAAUAGCGGGGGUGCCGAGUGGCACUUUUUCAUGCGAAGAAGUCGUAAUAAAUAUGGCAAGAAUGUUGAAGGUGGAUAUCAAGACGGAGGAUAUUGAAAUUUCACAUCGGCUAAAGAAGAGGAAGCAAGAAGAGUUCAGUCCUAUUAUCGCUAAGUUAAUUUGUCACAAGAAAAAAGCAGCGUUCUUAAAAGCUAGAAAAGGCCUUAAAGAUGUGCGGUACUGGGAUGUGGAUCUCGUCGGGCUGGAGAAACCAGCGUGAAUUGAUGCGAAGCUUUAUGGGCGCAUAUUUAUAAAUGAAAAUCUAACGCCAGCGAGAAGAAGGAUCUUGGGGAGAGCAUUGGCUAUGAGGAAGAAGAAGAUGCUGUUCAGUGCUUGGUCGCUAGACGGAAAGAUUUUCAUCAAGAGGUCAGAACAAGGGAUGGUUGAAAAAGUCGAGUCUCUGCAAGCCCUGGACGCAGCUUGAGAACUUGAGAACGGUACAAAAUGCAUAAUUACUGUAAGUAAUUAUUUUGUUGUAAAGUCGUAAGGAACUGUGAGACUCGUUAAUCUUUCUGUUCUUCAUUAACGGAAAAGUUUGAAAAUGGGUCAGGGACGCUCGAAGGAAAGUUUUAGUGCAUUAUUGCAAAGCUAGGGCAGUUUUAAGGACGGUGCAAAAUGUAUGAUUACUGUAAUUAAUUUUGCUUUGCUCAGUCAAGCUGAAAGGAACUGCCAAAAACUAGCUAUUCCUUUGUAGUGGCAGCGUAAAAUUAGAAUUUGAAUUUGAGACUAUGGUUGGGGAAGUUAAAAAAUUUUCUAAAAAUAUUUAACGCGGUAUGAGUCUGGCAAGGCUCAGUCGGCUGUGGGAUCCAUGGGUCUGAGCCUUUUGAUGAAUGCAAUUUAUUUAAUUGUAUUCAUUCGGCUAUUUAUAUCUGUAUGUAUUGUGAUUGUGAAAUGUUUUGUUUUGUCGCGUACUCUAUGUUGUAUCCCUUGGCUAGAAAAAAAUAAUGCGCAAUAUUAUCUUUUUAGAUAAUGGGUAAUGAUUUCGAGUUUAAAAUACUUUCUCUUAAUGUUCGGGGUCUAGGUGAAUAUAAAAAAUGUCGGAAAAUGCUUCAUUGGAUUAAUGGACACGGGGGUGACAGUGGCGUUUCGUUUUUACAGGAAACGCAUAGCACAAAAGGAGUUGAAAAUAAUUGGAAAAAUAGAUAUAGGGGGGAAAUAGCUUUCGCGCAUGGAAAUUCCAAGAGUAGAGGUGUAGCUAUUUUAUUUGGGCGUAAACUCAAUUACCAAUUACAGGAUACUAUUGCAGGUCCUAAUGGGAGGUUUCUGAUUAUUCUUGUAAAAUUCAAAAUGGAGACUUCCUACUUAUUAAUUCUUAUGCUCCGAACGAUGAAGCAUCACAGGUCUUGUUGUUUAAGGAAAUUCAAAUUGAACUUCAGUCGCAAGCGUAUACAGGCUCGCCUAAUAUUGUGUGGGGAGGUGAUUUUAAUUUUGUUUUUGACUUGGAGUUGGAAGCAGUUUUUGGUAAUCCUAAGCUGAAACACCCUUCAAUUGCAGCGGUUGAAACAAUGUUGGAUGAAUAUAACUUAUGUGAUAUUUGGAGACUUCGAAAUCCAACAAUUAAGCGAGAGUGGAGAGGCUCGGCACAGGGAAAACGAAGUUCCCGGGGAAAUUAUAUUCAUCGUAGAAUUGAUUAUUUGUUUGGCUCUGAUGACCUCCAAUCAUAUAUUGACAGGUGCGAUAUUAUCUCUCGACGGAUCAUUCGGCGUUUAACGUAGAAUUUAAGGCUGACGGUAAAGUUAGAAGAGGGUCAUCUUUUUGUAAAUUUAAUAAUUCCUUAUUAGAAAACAGUAGUUACGUAAAUGAGUUAACAAAAUGCAUAGAUAUUUGGAAACAAGAGUUAGUUGAAGAAGGAAUUAAUAAUUCGCAAUUAAAGUGGGAGGUUAUGAAAUACAAGAUAAGGAAAUUUAGUAUUAGUUUUUCGAAAACAUUGGCGCGUAAACGACGGGAAAAUUACAGGGAAUUAGAAGAGUAGUUAAAAGUUAUUGAAAACAUAGUUGGGUGGACUGAAAAUGAUGAAUUAUCAAAAAGGCAUGAACUAGCAUUGCGUAAUUUGGAUGAGUUGUGUAAUUACAUUACAGAAGGUUUAGCUAUCCGGUCGAAAGCUGAAUGACACCAGUUAGGGGAAAAAACACAAAGUAUUUUUUGUCCUUGGAGAGACGCAACAAAUCUAAAACUCAUAUUAAAAAAAAUUGUGGAGGAUGGUAAGGAAAUUUCAGGGCAGGCAGAUAUUCUUCAAAAUCUUCAGAGUUAUUUCAGCAGGCUAUAUGAAAGGAAAAGUGUAAAAACAGAGGAGGAGUGCCUUGCGUUUUUGUCGGAACUAAACAUACCGCGACUUCAGGCACCACAUAGGGAUAAAUGCGAAGGCCUUCUAUCGGUGACUGAAUGUUUUAAUAGCUUGAACCAGAUGUGUGCGUCGAAAACUCCGGGUGUCGAUGGACUAAGGAAAGAAUUUUAUAUCGCGUUUUGGUCUGCCUUAGGUACAGAUUUGGUCAAAUCUCUUAAUCAUGGUUUUACACAAGGCCGUCUAAGUACAACCCAGCGGCAGAUGAUAGUAACAUUGUUGGAGAAACCAAAUAAGGACACAAGGUCUCUUAAUGCUUGGCGCCCUAUAAGCCUGAUAAACGUUGAUUCUAAAAUAUGCAGCAAAGUACUAUGCAAUCGUUUGGUAGGACUCUUCCGUCCUUGAUUCACACUGAUCAGGCAGCAUUUGUUAAAGGUAGAACGAUAGACGAACCAAUUAGAAUUAUAGAAGAUGUGAUGAAUUAUGUAAAAAAUAGAAAUGAAUCGUACAUAAUGUUUGCAGCCGAUUUUGAAAAGGCUUUUGAUUCUAUAGAACACUCACUCUUUUAUCUAUGCAACCUUGAGACAGUUUGGUUUUGGCGAGAAUUUUAUUAGGUGGAUUCAAGUUCUUUUAACAGAUAACGUUAGCUCCAUUUUGAAUAACGGUCACGCUACUACCUUCUUCCAGCUAGGCAGAGGAACAAAACAGGGAGAUCCACCGUAUUUAUUUAUCUUAGUGUUGGAGGUGUUAGCAAUUAUGGUUAGGUCAUCUCCGGAGGUAAAAGGCCUGAAAAUCGGAAAGUCUGAAAUAAAAAUGACGAUGUUUGCGGAUGAUACAACUUUAUUUUUGAAAGAUAUGAAUUCUUUAGAAAAAUUGUUAGAGCUUCUAAGGAUUUUUCAAUCUUAUUCGUCGCUUAAAACUAAUCUAACAAAAUCUGAAGCAGGAUGGCUGGGCGCAAAAAAUAAAGAUAGGAAAAGGCAAGGCAUAAAAUGGGUAGAUCUUCACCACAAAGGUAUUACAAUUUUAGGGAUUUAUUUUUCAUAUAAUGAGAGACUGUAUGAUGAAAAUAACUUUAAGCGUAAUUUUGAGAGAUUUAAAUCUGUGUUAGCAGUUUGGAAGUUGCGGACAUUAAGACUCUAUGGAAGAAUCCAUGUGUUGAAAAGUUUACCGCUUUCUAAGUUGUAUUAUGUGUGCUCCAAAUUAAGUGUUAGGGGAGAUUUUAUUAAGCAGGUGGAUACAGCCCUGAAAGACUUUAUAUGGAAUGCGAAAAAACCUAAAGUGAAAUACACAACAAUUAUAGGUGAAUAUGAUGAUGGUGGCUUGAGAGCUCCUGAUUUCUUUGCAUCAAUUAGAGCUAGUCGUGUUACUUUUGCUUUAAAGUUGCCAAAUGAGGAGGAGAGAACAUAUUAGGUUUUACCAAGAUACCUUUUAAAAAUAAUUGGAGGUGUGGGAACUAUACGCGACAAUUUUGAUAUAAAUCGUCUUCCGGACGAUAUAUCCGGUUAUUAUAAGGAGGUGUUUGGAAUAUGGGCCGAGCUUUUUUCAAACCCAAUAAAUGAUUCGGAUUUAGAGGAUGAAGUGCUGUGGAAUAACAAGCAUAUUAAAAUUGGGGGGAAGUCUGUUUUCUUUAGAUCCUUUUAUGAAUGUGGCAUCCGCACAGUAAGAGAUUUUUGCAAUGAGGUGGGUCGUUUUGAGUGGUAGAUAUGUUUGAAGAAAGGUGUCCCAGGUACAGGGUAUUUUAACUGGUUAUCUUUAUGUAACGCUAUUCCAAAAGUAUGGAAAGAUAAGUUGAGAGAUAAUCCUGGCUUGGUAGGACAGUCUAAACCAGCAGCACGUUUGUUACGGUUAGGUAAUGAGAGAUAC